AUGUUUUCCACAACUCCUUCUCGUCAUCAUCGCCGAUCAGCCUUUCAGACCACGUGGGUACUUGUACUCAUGGUCUUUGUCCUCUCUUGUCUCUUUCUUCUCCUCUCCUCGACGAGUCACAUCAGCACUGUUCUCUCCCAACAAUUCCAUGUCAUGAAAAUUCAUUCUUCAAAAGCUGCAAAACCAAGCUCGUCAUCAUCGGAGAGUGGUUUAUGUUAUGGAUGUUUGUUAUUGGCUCAAGUUUUGGAUUCUUUCAUUACAUCAAAUAUUACGGCAGAAGAGGUGAUUAAAUUGGCUACAAAAGUUUGUCCAUAUCUCCAACCUGAAAUUCAACCAGUGUGUCCUCUCUUGAUCAAGCAAAUGACUCCUGAAAUUUUAGAAAUUCUUGUCACAAGAGAGAAUCCACAUGUGUUGUGUGCACAACUUGGAGCUUGUAAGAAUGAAACGGUUGCAAAGAAAAAUUAA